UGCUGCUACAUAUUGCAAUCUGUCACUUCGAUAAAAGUGAUGGGAGUAAUAGCAAAUCUUGCCUAUUAGUUUUAGUUAUCCGACAAACGAUUUACACUUGAAAUAAAUAUUAGACUGAGAAUAAAUGACUUUUUUAAUCCAUUCGUGAAAAUUAAAUAAUGUGUAUAUAUAUUAAUCGCAUAUGGUAUUAAUCGUUAUCGCCUAAAAAAUAAAAUUUAAUUUGUAUUGUACGUGUACUUGUUUUCAAAGAUUCUAAAAAUGGAGCAGAUAAAGAUUCCUAAGGAAACAAUACGUUUGCAGGUAGAAAACGUGAGAAUGUUGGAUAAAUAUAGCAAUAAUCAUUCCAUCGGUUCUCUCUACUUGACAGUGACACAUCUCAUUUUUGUUGAAAGAAGCGGCAAGAAGAAAAUAUGGGUGUUAUAUACACAUAUCUCUAAUAUAGAGAAACAACCAUUAACAACCACAGGAUCACCAUUGUACAUUAAAUGCAAACAUUUCUUCAUUGUUACAUUUGUUAUUCCAAAGGAACGUGAUUGUCAUGAGAUUUAUCUCACAUUAUUAAAAUUAUCUUGUCCAGCUAGUUUAGAAGACCUGUAUUGUUUUAAUUAUCAAGAAAGCGAAGACACACUACCUCAACAUGCAGGAUGGAAUUUUUUCAACGUGCAGAGUGAAUUUCAACGACAGGGUGUCCCGAACGAAGAAUGGUCACUUUCAUAUUUAAAUACUAAUUAUGAGCUUUGCGAUACUUAUCCAAGGUAUUUAUAUGUUCCUAGUACAUGUACUAACAACAUUUUAUUGGGUAGUGCAAGAUUUAGAAGCAGAGGAAGGUUACCAGUUUUAACAUAUUUGCAUUCAAACAAGGCUGCUAUUUGUCGCUGCAGUCAACCACUCUCGGGAUUCAGCACAAGAUGUCCCGAAGAUGAACAAAUGAUGUAUAAUAUAUUAUGUACAAAUCCUAAUUCGAGAUAUAUGUAUGUUGUGGAUACAAGACCGCGGAUUAACGCCUUUGCUAAUAGAGCCGCGGGAAAAGGAUACGAGAAUGAAAAUUUCUACGACAAUAUUAAGUUCCAUUUCUUCGGAAUAGAAAACAUUCAUGUGAUGAGGACAAGCUUAAAUAAACUUUUGGAUUUGCAAAGAUCGACCUCCAUGAGUGCGUUUUUAAGCGGUCUAGAAAGCAGUGGCUGGUUAAAGCAUAUUCGUUCCAUCUUGGAAACUGCAUGGUUUAUCGCACGGGCAGUUGCAAACGGUGUGAGCGUAGUGGUUCAUUGUAGUGAUGGAUGGGAUCGCACUGCGCAAGUAUGUUCUCUGGCUGCGUUAUUAUUGGAUCCAUUUUACAGAACCAUCCAAGGUUUUCAGGCUUUAAUAGAAAAGGAUUGGCUGUCGUUUGGUCAUAAAUUUAGCGAUCGUUGUGGCUACAUUAGCAGUGAUGGUAAAGAACUCGCGCCGAUAUUUACACAAUUCAUAGAUGCGACGUAUCAAUUGCUGCAACAAUAUCCGUACAAAUUUCAAUUCAAUGAAUAUUUUCUUUUAACAUUACACGAUCAUGUACACAGUUGUCAACAUGGCACUUUCAUCGGAAAUUCGGAGAAGGAACGACAAAUGCUGAGAUUAUCCGAACGAACAUAUUCCUUGUGGGGCUACUUGGCUAAUAAUACAAAUGAGUAUAUAAGUCCAAUUUAUAGAUGCAAUCGUUAUAAUAAUGAGGACUCUGCUGAUGUUCUUCAACCUAAAUUGGCACCUCAAUCUAUUAUUCUUUGGAGAGGUUUGUACUUUAGAUUUGAGAAUGGAAUACAUCCUAGAGAAACGUGCGAAAAUCUGCUUUUAACAAUCCAUGAUCACACAAGUUCUUUAGAAGAUCAUGUGAAACUUUUGCUAAAACGAGUCAAUUCUUUGGGACAACUUUUAAAUACAAAUAAUUCUCAGAAAAAGGGAAAACAUAAAUUUGAUAAUAAAUUUAUGAAGGAGACUAUAAUAGAAAACGCUUUAUCAGAUACUAUAAUAGAAAACGCUACAAACCAUGAUGAAAAGAUGAAAGCUAAAUUAAAAGUGAAUCAAUUGGAGAAUGAAUUGAAAACAGUUGCUUUAGAAUGGAAAUCGUCGCGAAAUAUAGAAGAAUGCGGAUGCUCCACCACAUUUGAUGCCUUCAACAGAAAGCAUCAUUGUUGGUCCUGCGGCGAUGUAUUAUGCACAAGAUGCAUGGCGGUACACACGAAACUACCCGGACAUUUAUCGCAACGCGCUGUACCUACGUGUAAAACGUGCUAUCAAAGUUCUGGAAUAUCUACCACUAGUCCAUAAACUUGAUACUUUAUUUAAAUGCCAACAUAUACUUAUAUAAUCGAUAUUUGUAUGUAUAUCUCCUAAGCAAAAUAAUGAAGAAGCCUAGUAUAUAUCGUCAAACAGUAUAUUGUACUAUUUAAAUUUAAAUUUCAUAUAUUUGACUUUUCUAUCUCUUUGAAUUUUAUUUUCUUCAAUUUGGUCAAUCAAUACAAAUAACGUAGUACCUGAUUACACUAAUAUAUAUUAUAUAGACUUAUUCUUAACUUAAAUAACUCGAUAACACAUUAAAGAUCGUGAAUAUUACACCAAAUAAUUGUAACGAUAACGGCAAAUUAUUUAUGCUCAACUAUUAUAGUAAAGUGAGUGACAAAUUGA